GCGCAGUGCGUUCAGCUUGUAACACGGAGCCAAGAUGGAGGUGCUUGUUGUUGCUCCGAGCUUCAGGUGCUCAAGCUUCGAGUUUCCACCUGGUUCUGUUGUCAGAGACGUUCUGGAACGGUUCAUCCCGCACCAGGACUGGUAUGUCACCACUAACGGCCGUCUGUCUGGGCUGGAGGAGCGGCUGCAGGAUGGGGCCGUCUACCGCCUGGAGCCCCGGCUCCGUGGAGGGAAGGGAGGUCAGUUCCAGGAAAUGCACCGAUCCCAUGACCAGGUUUUGGCUCCAUGUUUCCUUGGUUUUCCAGGUUUUGGCUCCAUGUUUCCUUGGUUUUCCAGGUUUUGGCUCCAUGUUUCCUUGGUUUUCCAGGUUUUGGCUCCAUGUUUCCUUGGUUUUCCAGGUUUUGGCUCCAUGCUCCGGGCUUUGGGAGCACAGAUCGAGAAGACGACCAACAGAGAGGCCUGCAGGGAUCUGAGCGGCCGCCGCCUUCGAGACGUCAACCAUGAGAAGGAGAUGGCGGACUGGCUGAAGAAGCAGUCGGAGCGCGAGGCGGAGAAGGAGCAGCGGCGGCUGGAGCGUCUGCAGAGGAAGCUGUUGGAGCCGCGGCAUCAGUUCGCCGACCCGCAGUACCAGCAGCAGUGCCACGACCUGAGCGAGCGUCUGGAGGACUCGGUUCUGAAAGGCCUGCAGGCGACCUCCAGCGGUCAGGUGAAGGUCGGAGUCGACCCGGAUCAGAACCGAGCCCCUGCAAGGAAGAGGAGGAAGACUGCAGCGGCAGCCGGGUUCUGGACGGGUCUGGACGAGCUGCUGAGCUCUGAGGAUGAUGAAGAUGAUGAGUCUCCGUGCAGCGGAGGAGCUGUUACCAUGACGACCCAGAGGGAGGAGGCGGAGCCUGGACCCAGCAGCAGCACCGCUCCAACCGCCAGAACCUCAGAGGUCCAGAACCCCGGGCUCCCGACGGAACCGGCUGUUGGACCCUCAGGGGACCAGAACCCUCCUCAGGGCUGCAGGGAACCGGCCCAGGUCCAGAACCCCGGGCUCCCGACGGAACCGGCUGUUGGACCGUCAGGGGACCAGAACCCUCCUCAGGGCUGCAGGGAACCGGCCCAGGUCCAGAACCCCGGGCUCCCGAUGGAACCGGCUGUUGGACCGUCAGGGGACCAGAACCCUCCUCAGGGCUGCAGGGAACCGGCCCAGGUCCAGAACCCCGGGCUCCCGACGGAACCGGCUGUUGGACCGUCAGGGGACCAGAACCCUCCUCAGGGCUGCAGGGAACCGGAUCAGCAGUUGGACCUGUCCUCGGUGCCGUCUGUCCAGCAGCUGGAGUCUCUGGGUCUGGAGGUUCUGAAGGAGGAACUGAUGCGCCGCGGCCUGAAGUGCGGGGGAACGCUGUCGGAGCGCGCCGCCCGCCUCUACUCCGUCAGAGGCCUGAGUCCAGACCGGAUCGACCCGGCACUGCUCGCCAGAACCAGGAGGAAGUAGACCCAGCUGGGAACUUCCUGUCUGGAAUGAAGCUUCCGGGUCUGGAUGUUGGAAUCGUUUAUUUGAACAUGUGAAUCGAUGAUCAGAUUUUGUUUUUAUGAAAUAUUAAUAAAAUGUUUCAGAACCAAA